AAAAAAUCAAAAACAUGCCAACGUAAAGUCAACAAACAAACGUUGAAUUUUUCAGAAUUUCUUCCAAGUCCAGCAACGUGGUACGUCUCUUCUGUUCUAGUGUACUUUUCCUUCGUUAUUUUAAACAUUAGAUUAAGUUUUUACUGUUCAAUUAACAGAUUCCACCAUGAGGACGAUCGUAGCAAACCAAACAGUCAAGAUUCCAGACAAUGUUACCGUUUCGGUGAAGAAAAGGAUAGUGACGGUAGUCGGUGAUCGUGGUAAGCUGGAACGUUCGUUUAGACAUCUCGCCGUUGAUAUUUAUCUAGAAUCGCCGAAAGUUUUAAAAGUAGAGAAAUGGUUCGGUACCAAGAAAGAAUUAGCCGCUGUACGAACGGUUUGCACUCAUGUUGAAAACAUGAUCAAAGGAGUUACGAAAGGCUUUUUGUAUAAAAUGCGUGCUGUAUAUGCUCAUUUCCCCAUCAAUUGCGUGACUACCGAAAACAACACCGUUAUCGAAAUCAGAAAUUUCUUAGGCGAGAAAUACAUUCGUAAAGUAAAGAUGUCCCCUGGUGUAACUGUUGUUAAUUCGAAACAAAAAGAUGAAUUGAUCGUCGAAGGAAAUGAUAUUGAAUUAGUAUCUGGUUCCGCUGCCAUGAUCCAGCAAUCGACGACUGUACGUAACAAAGAUAUCCGUAAAUUUUUAGAUGGUUUGUACGUAUCAGAGAAGACUACCGUUGUACAAGAGGAAUAAUGAAAGAAAUACACGUUUUUACUUUAUUAAAUUGUUUAUUUAGUAAUGAG